AUGGUAACAUCCUCGGACGGAAGCAUCCAACCCCCUCCACGUACGACCUGCUGUGUCGACGAUCCACGGAAGUCAACAAGACAUGAGUGGUCUCCGUCUGUUUACAACCAAGGAGCCGCGGCCGGGUUCCCGCUGGUGCUACUCUGGACGGUCUUUAGCCGCGUCUGCAUUGCAACAUCCGCAGCACCGGCGACACAUGUGAAAAGAGGCGGCCCUCGUAACGGCGUUACUGAUACUCUCCAUACAAUGUCCAAGUUUUAUGAGCAAGUAUUCAGGCUCGCUGCAGCAACUUGGACAUCUACAACAGCCUGUUGCGCGACUUUGGGCCCCGUGGCUACGAGGACCGCCCGCGCAAAUCAAAGGCUACUGGUCUGUCGCGGCAAGUAUGACAACAUCGUUGCGAAGAAUGGCAACACCUCUCGUCAUACCUUUGAGGGAUCCCCAGAGCGUAUCGCUAUCUUACGCAUGAAUAACUUGUCGUUGGCUCUCAAUCUACAAUCCCCAAGACGAAAGGCCCUGCUGCUUUCACCUCUUCGUUCGGUAUUCGUGAUUGAACAUCUACAAAAACACCACUUGGUUUUGUCUCCCCUAAUCAGAGUAUCAUUGAAACCAACUAGAUUGCGACUGGCACAUCGACCCUGGAUUCGUGAGACGACUCUUGGAUGGGCACUCGAAACAGAGCAACAUGACUGGAUCAGCUCUAGCGUCCCAUCCCUUUCAGGAGGACCUAGAUUCUCUCUCGAUCUGUCUCAACUACUGCGAAAUCUCCAUCUCUCCAUCCACCAUGUUGUUCCCAAUCAUGCCACUUCAAGGCAUCUCAAAAAGAACCAACGAAAUCAGCACUCGCAGCUGCAAGAAGAAACGAGAUGUGUCAAAGAAACGACGAACAACAAGAGUGAGCAAUAUACAUUAAGCACUAGGCGUUUCCCUGCCCCCAUCUUCCAUGGCCGCCGCUGCAGUCGCGUGGUACAAGAUGGGGCCAAGUUAGGUGAAUCGAAAUCGCGAAACAGCUGCAAAAAGGGUGUAUCAAAAGCGGGUGUCAUGAAUGAGUGA